AUGCAUCAGGACGAGGUCAUCUUGCGCUCACCGAUUUUGGUGCAGCUUGAAAGGAAUCCAAACAUCCCAGACGAGGCGGAGGAGGCAGCCAUGAAUUCUCCCGCCCAAUCUCGUCCUCCUCGCUCCUCUACCAAUCCGUUUGACAUGGACGACAACCAGGACGAGGACUUGUGGAAGCUGACGGAGAAGAUUGACAUGUCUUCCUUGGAUGCAGUAGAAGAGGAGGAGGGACUCUCGCUCAAGACCAGGAGGGAGCUUCAUUUUCCACUGUUGGAACUCCCGACUACAUCGCGCCUGAGGUAUGGCUGCGAGUGCGACUGGUGGAGUGUUGGGGUCAUCAUGUACGAGAUGCUGGUCGGCUGCCCUCCCUUCUAUGCAGACGAUCCUGUCAGCACUUGCCGCAAGAUUCUCAACUGGAGGAACACGUUGAAGUUUCCAGCAGAAGCAAAACUCCAUCCUCAUGCCGUUGACCUCAUCCGAAAGCUUCUCUGCUCCGCUCAAGAUCGGCUAAAGUCGGAGAUUGAUUGUCGAUACUUCGAUGAGUUUCCUGACACAACCAAGAACAACGGAACUAUCGAGAGAAAACCCGCUAAGACUGCUCCUGUCCUCAACUCGCCCGACGCUCUUGCAUGGAUUGGAUACUCGUGGAAGAGAUUCCCUGACGCCAUGCGCAAGGCCAAUCAGAGCGCGAGAGGAGAAGAGGAGGGAGGAGGAGCAAGUCAGGCUGCUCGAGGCCUCUGA